AUGGAGAGCACUGGCGCACUGGCACUUGACGCCGAGGAGCCCGUGCCGAUCGCGGAUGGCUUCGAGGCUCCCAUCUUUGGCGCGCGCGUCGUCGGCCAGGUCACCACGCUGACGCUCGAGGGCGAGGACGGCCCUCUGGCAUCGCUCGGUCCGGUUGGCGUCGCGAGCGACCACACUGGCGCCUGGUACGUCUCGACCGAGGACUCGCUGCUUCACGUCUCGGCGGCCGGGCGCGUGCGCCGCGUGGCAGCUUUGCCGGCGACUUCUGUCUUCUACGCCGUCGCCGCCAGCCCGGACGGGAGCGCGCUGUUUGUGGCGGACUUCAGCAACGACAAGAUCCGGCGGGUGGAGGUGACGACUGGCGAGGUGUCGACGAUCUCGGGCAGCGGCACAGCGGGCAGCGCCGAUGGCGUGGGCGACGCGUCGCAGUUCUACCAGCCAUCUGGCCUCGCCAUCAGCCCGGACGGGAGUGCGCUGUUUGUGGCCGACAAAGGCAACAACAAGAUCCGGCGGGUUGAGGUGGCGACGGGAGAGGUGACGACGAUCGCGGGCAGCGGCGAGGCUGGCGACGCGGAUGGCGUGGGCGACGCGGCACAGUUUGCCAACCCAGCUGGCAUCGCCAUCAGCCCGGACGGCGGCGCGCUGUUUGUGGCGGACUGCAACAACAACAAGAUCCGUCGGGUGGAGGUGGCGACGGGAGAGGUGAGGACCAUCGCGGGCAGCGACAAGGCGGGCGACGCGGAUGGCUUGGGCGACGCGGCGGAGUUCUGCUCCCCAACUGGCCUCGCCAUCAGCCCGGACGGCAGCGCGCUGUUUGUGACGGACUUCAGCAACGACAAGAUCCGGCGGUUGGAGGUGACGACUGGCGAGGUGACGACGAUCUCGGGCAGCGGCACAGCGGGCAGCGCUGACGGCGUGGGCGAUGCAGCGCAGUUCAACUACCCAGAAGAAGUCGCCAUCAGCCCCGAUGGCAGCACGCUGUUGGUCAGUUCGAGCGGUGGCCUCCGCCAGGUCUGCGUGGCGGCGCCUCCUCCGCCUCCCUCCUUUGCCCCGAUCGUCGUUCCGCCCUCUACCAUCCUGGCCGACCUCGCAAAGACGCGGGGCGACGCCACCCUCCCAGAGGGGAAGGUCACCUUCCUGGUCGGCGACGACGAGGAGCGCAUCGAGCACGUGAGCAAGAACGUGCUCUGCAUUCGGUCCCCGGUCUAUCGGACCAUGUUUGGCAUCGGCAUGAAGGAGCGCGACGCCGCCGAGGUCACGGUGUCCCACGCCGACCCCGCCAGCUUCACCGCCCUGAUCGACUACCUCCUCUCCGACAAGUUCGACCUCGGCGAAGAGGAGGGCAGGGCGCAGCGCGCGCUCGACCUGCGGGAGCUGGCGCAAAUGUACCAGGUGCCGCGCCUCGAGCUGCUCUGCGCGCAGGCGCUGCAGGAGAGCGUCGCGCCGGCGACCGCCGUGCCGCUGCUCGAGGCGGCGCACACGACGGGCGACGGGCGGCUACUCGCGCAGUGCCGCCGCUUCGUGGCCGACCACGCCGCCGAGGUGGCGGAGCUCAAGGGCGCGAUGCGCGAGGCGGACCUCGAGAAGGCCCGGGCGGAGGUGUCCGAGCGGGCAUGA